CCUCCACCCUUUUGCUUGCUCUUUCCCUGGAUCUGUUUGGUUGCCAGAUCCUCUGAAUUUCACCUCUGGAACGCUUCUGCCCUUGCCCUCCUCCUGGACCCGUCGCAUCUGGCCAGGAUUAUAUUGUAACGGUGGCGUGGCCGCUACGGAAGAGGCGCAGGCGCCUUCGCCAGGUCUCCCGGACCUUCCCCAUCUGGCACCCGUGGCUUCCACCACCUUCUCCACCUGCCCCCUCCUUUGCUCGGUGUGACCUGGAUUUUGCUCACCCCCGAGGGCCUCGGCGCUGACCAGGUCCCGCCCUCUGGUGGCCUCCACAAGCCUGGGAACACCAGGAAGGAGCAACCGCUUCCGGAAGCUCCGGAGCCUGAGGGGCGGGCCUGUUCUGGCCGGGCUGGCCAAUGGGGACGCUGAGCUCAGGGUCAGAGGUCACGGGUGCUGUGAGCGGGCAUUUUCUCCAGCGAAGGUCGGUGGGAAGCUGUUUGAACCUCCGGCAAAAGGUGUUGAAAUUUGUACUGCUUUGAAAGGAAGAAGAAAUGUUUUCAAUGUUCAAAUAUUGUGCAAUAGACUAUUUAUACGAGAAUGUAGUUAGAAAGAAAUUUUGCAGAGAUGCUUUAUUGCUUCGAAUCCCUUCAUGUUUAUAUAAAGAUGGAAAUUAUUAUGCAGAAGUUACUGAUCAUAAAUUUAGGAGGCCAUGGACAAGAGUCUCAGCUGUUUCAGUUUGGGGAAUGACAGAUAGCUCAAUCUUGGACCAAUGGAAAGCAAGCAUUGGGGAGGAAUUCCUUGAGAAAAAAACAGUUACAGGAAUGGUGACUCAGAUUAACUCUGAAUUUGAAGAAAUUGUUCCAAGUUCAAACCCAAACUCCCAAACUGAAGUCGAUGAAGCCAUCUUACACACUCAGAAGGACUGCACUGAAGUCUUUACACCUGUUAGCUGUUUAGAAAAAUGUCCAGCAUUUCAAGCACAGAACCAAGAUUUGUUUUUUGAUGAUGAAGAGAUAAUUUUCACAAAUAAUUUGACGACCUAUAAAAGUUAUCUACCAACCUUGGAUACUCUGUUGAGUAGGCUGAAACUGUUUUUGAUAAAGGACCCCCUUUUAGAUUUCAAAGAACAGAUCUUCACAGAUGCUGAUUUUUUCAGGGAAUGUUUCUCUUUUCAAGGAGAUUUGAAAGAUCUUAUAAAAGAAGAUUUUUAUGUGGAUAAAGAGAACUUUUGUCAGGAGAAGCUAGAAGAUACACCAUCAGAGUUUUCUGAGUGUGAAUUAAUAGCUCCAAACCUUGAUCAAGAAGUUGGUAUUCCAUCACUUUCAGAAUUGAAGGAGUCAUUACACUUAGUGCCAGAAAUAAUAACUUACGAAGAUGAAAAUGAAUAUGAAAAGCUUUUCAAAAGAGAUCCUACUACCAAGCAUGCAAUUGACAUUGAAGAUAUAAAAUGCAGCUCCACAGAGAAUUUGGCCAUUCAAAGCCAAUGCAAACCAGAGCACCAUAAACCAGAAGAGUUAGAAGAAGAGUUAGAAAUGCCAUUGCCUCCUCUACACCUAGCAAACCAACAUUCUUCUGUGAAUUCAUUAUGUACAGGACUUCAGACAUUUCCAUUUUCUCCUGAUUGUAAAAUUAGUUUGCCUACUGCUGAAAAAUCAGCUAAUGAAGACUGUACAGUGUGGCAAUCUGAAAGCUGCAGAAGCUUUCAGAACUCAUUUUUGCUUCCAGUGCCAAGAACAGAAGAGCCCAACAAUCAAUACUCAGUUACAGAUUUGAAGAAGAAAUUUUCAAUUGAGGAAGAAAGCCUUGUGGUUACUCCUGUGAGCCCAGAGUGGUGGAAACAAGCAGGACUAAAUUCGAGAGUGACAGAAACUUUGGAACAUCUGACUACAUAUGUCAGCAAUCAGGAUCUACCUUCUGAUGACACUAAAAAGGAGGUAUUUUUGCCUACAAAAGUACCUGAACUAGAAUCAUGGCUAGACCAUAAAAGUUGUUCCUCACCUAUUGUACUUAUGAAUGAGGAAUCUACAAGUGAUAAUUUAUUACUUCAACAAAAAAGUCCAUCUCCAGCAGAAGUACCAGAUCUGUGUUUUUCUGAUGAAUAUAGCUCUGUUCAAAGUCCAACAAAAGAGGAAAAACCAAAGGAUGAUCAAGAACUAGUUAGUAGUAUAAUCCAAAAUAAUGAAAAUAAAGAUUGCUUGGAACUUGACUACACAGAACUAUCUACUGAAUCAGCGUCCUCUUCAAAAAUUGAAAAAGCAUCUUUUAAAUGUAGUAAAAGGCGGGAGAAUCAUUUGGACCUUUUGAGUGACUUUAUUAUGAUGAGAAAUAAACAUAAAACUUGUACCUCAAAGACUGAAGUCACAGAUAGUGAUGAAAAAAAUGAAUUUCAAGAUAAAGAAGAACAUUCUUUGACUCUUCAAGAAGAAAGUCCUGUUGUUUAUACUAAUAAAACUGUAGAGAAAAUAAAUCAGGAGAGGGGAGCAGAUAAUGUCAUUGAGAUUCAAGCAUCAGAUAGCCAGUGCCACGCGUACUGUCUCCUAGAAGCUGCAGCUACUCCUAUCUUAAAAAAACUCGGGUGCCUCUGUACUCGCCCUGUUGCUAGUUGGAAAUUUGCCACCGUUCUUUUUGACCAAACAAGAUUCCUCUUAAAGGAACAAGAGAAAGUAGUAAGUGAUGCUAUUCAUCAAGGUACAAAUGCUGAAAGAGAAACAACAUUUAGGCAUGCUGGUCUCUUACACCUUCUGGUCACAAUUCGAGAUGUCCUUUUAACAUGUAGCUUGGACACAGCACUGGGAUAUUUGUCAAAUGCAAAAGAUGUGUACAAAAGCGUCUUAGGCUCCUAUUUGGAUGACAUUUGGAGACAGCUAGAGAUUGUACAGUUUAUUAGGGAAAAAAUGCCUGAAACCAACUACAAAAUACAAGAAUUGCAAUGUCAGAUAUUAAAUCGGAUACAAAGUGAACAGCAAAUUAAGGUGCUGAUUAUAAUAAGAAUGGACUCAGAUGGUGAAAAACAUCUACUCAUUGAAAUCCUUAACAAAAUGGAAGGUUUAACAUUGACUGUCUUACAUUCAAACAAAAGAAAAGAUUUUCUGGAAUCUGAAGGUGUUUUAAAUAGUACAAGUUCCUGUGUAGUGGUACCUAAUCAAUAUAUUGGAGCAGAUUUCCCCUGGAGUAAUUUCUCAUUUGUGGUGGAAUACAAUUACGUAGAAAACUCUUGUUGGACUAAACACUGCGAACAAUUGAAUAUUCCAUACAUGGCCUUUAAAGUGAUGCUUCCAGACACAGUUUUAAAGAGAAACAACUUGCUGGAUAGUUUUGGUGGUUUUCUUUUGGAAAUCCAGGUUCCAUAUGUGUUGUUUGCAUCUGAAGGACUUCUUAAUACUCCAGAAAUACUUCAGUUGUUAGAAUCCAACUAUAAUAUCACACUAGUGGAAAGAUGCUGCAGUGAGUCGAUGAAAUUCUUUGGAGAUACGGAGUGUUAUGUAGUAGUGACAGUUGAUGAACACACUGCCAUAAUUUUGCAGGAUCUAGAAGAAUUGAAUUGUGAGAAGGCAUCAGACAACAUCAUUAUGAGACUGAUGGCAUUAUCGUUCCAGUACAGCUAUUGUUGGAUAAUUUUAUAUGCCAAAAAAACAAACUCAGAGUAUUAUCUUACAGAAAAGACACUUCAUCACCUAGCACUGAUUUACGCAGCUUUAGUUUCAUUUGGACUAAAAUCAGAAGAACUGGAUGUAAAGCUAAUAAUUGCUCCAGGGGUGGAAGAGACUGCAUUGAUAAUCCGACAAAUUGCUGACCACAAUUUAAUGACUUCAAAGAGAGAUCCUCAUGAAUGGUUGGAUAAAUCCUGGCUUGAAGUUUCACCAUCUAAGGAAGAAAUGUACUUACUUGAUUUCCCAUGUAUUAACCCAUUGGUGGCUCAGCUCAUGUUACAUAAAGGACCUUCACUCCACUGGAUAUUAUCAGCAACUCUUUGUCAACUUCAGGAACUCCUACCUGAAGUUCCAGAAAAAGUGUUAAAGCAUUUUUGUGACAUCACUUCCUUAUUCAAGAUUGGUUCUUCUCCCAUAACAAAAUCACCUCAAAUGUCAUCACCUCAGGAAAAUAGGAAUCAAACCAGUACCUUCCCUUCUCAGAGUUCAGCUUCUGACUCUUUAGACUCUGCCAUUCAAGAACAUGAAUAUUACCAGAAUUUACACUUAGGAGAGACAGUGCAGGAAGAAACAAACAGCACUUCAAACUAUAACUUUUCCCUGAUGGAACUAAGAGAAAGAGAAAUGCCGUGCGUUUUACCACCUGUGACUUCUUACAGUCAGACCAGCUAUUGGAAAGACUCCAGUUGUAACCCUAACAUAGAGAAAAAUUCUUUUCUGAUUAAUAUGAAAUCAAGGAACUCAGCUGGUAACUCCUUUCUAAACCAGAAUGAUUCACAGACAGAUGUCUUUUCUUUAGAUCUAACACAAAUGAAUUGUGAAAGCAGAAUAUCACCAAUCAACACUCAGAAGAGAGUUGCCCUUAAUUUUAUAAAUUAUCAGAAAAAGGGAACACAGGAAGCAAAAAGACCUAUAAAUAAAGAAGAAUUUGCCCCUGUCUUUUCAUUAGAAGGCUCUCAAUCACCUCCUCAUUGGAGCUUUAAGGAAAAUGUAUGGGAACAACAGAAUCACUCAUUCAACCUACAGUAUGGUUCAGAGGAGACUGAGUGUGACAAAUGGUACUCUCAGAGAGAUAAUUUAUUCACUAAUCAACAAAAAUGUCUAUCAGAUGAGUUAGGAGGCCUCCUAUACAGAAGUUCAAGUGCUGGGACUAAAGAGACUUUCUGGAAAGAAUUACCAUCUGUCCCCAGUUUGGAUUUGUUUUGUGCUUCUGAUUCUAAUAAAAAUCAAAAAGAAUUCAACAGUCUUUAUUUCUACCAAAGAGGUAGAACAUGUUUAGGACAGAAAAGGCAUGCUGAACCUUCAUCUAACCCAGGAGACAGGAAAUCAUUAACAGAUCUCACGAGUUCACAACUACCACAAUUCAAAAAGCGACGUCUAGUGUAUGAAAAAGUCCCUGGUAGAGCUGAUGGACAAACUCGUCUGAGGUUUUUUUGAAAAAGAAAGAAUAGUGCUACCUGCCACAUCCCAUUGUUUUUGUUGCUAGACCAAUCACAGAAUGAUUUAGAGUUGGUCAUACCUUAAAGAAAAUGCAAUUGUUCUUAGAUGUUCUUGGUUUUCUAUAUUAAAUGUUCAUAAUAUACAUUCUGCUCCAUAGUUUGCUUAUUCAAAUAUUCUGGAUAGACCCUUGUUAGGGAGCCAAAAGUGUGAGUUCAGCCUCCAAGGUCCUUUCCCAAACACCUCAUCACAUGGAAUUGAUUGGAACAGCCCCAAAUCCCCAGAUUGGCUCUUGCAAUAGAAAUUUCGAUUCUUUCUCUGAGAGUAUUUCAUUUUCCUGUGAGCUUUUCAUGUUAGAGGGAGUUACUUGCAUUUAGGUUCAUUGCUGGUGAUAGUGAUGCUGACCUUUGAAGUCUUGUGAGAGGCCUUACUCCCAAGUUCCAAGGCCCAGUUCAAACUUAGUAGACCUCACCAGAAUAUCACCUGUCUCUCCAAUUGUGAUGGACAUAAGAUACUCCUCUUUCCUCUGAAACUCAGCAUACCCCUGGGAUCAACACUGGCGUGUCCCACCCCUUGCCUCACAUUGUAGGAGCCUGGAUAUUCUCCCCAAAUAUUGAACCCCACCCUAAAACAAGGGAUCCAACAAAUGGAGUAGCCUGAGUUGAAGGGGAUGGGGAUAGCAAAUUGUAGCAAUACAAAAUGAAGGCUGAAAAAAAUGUUUUUCUGUCUUUUGCUUUUUUAUUUGGUUUGUUAUUAUGUUUACCAUACAACAGUUACUAAUUUAACACUUAAGUGAAAUGCCUUAUUUAACUUUUUUAAAUUUAAUUUCGUAUAGGCAAGUGUAGAUGUCUUUUCUCUUUUGAUUUCUGGGUUUCCCGCCUUGCUUACAAAGACAGCUUUUACCCUAAACCUGUAUAAUUAAUAUCCUAAUUUUUCUUCUAAUGCUUUUGUAUUAUCUUUCUUUAACCCAUGUAGGUUUUUUUACAUAGUGUAAUACAGACCCAAUUUUAUUUUCUUCUAAAUGGAUAGCCAAUAAUGGCAGCAUCAUUUACUAAUUAAACCAUACUUUCCCACUGAAUAGGAAAAAAAAAGUUAUUUAUUUCUGAACAGUUAUAAUCCAUUCAUCUAUUUACCUAUUCCUAUACCACAAUAAUAGUUUAUUUUGUGUUUUUUUCAUUUUUAAAAUCAUAUUAUUUUGAUUCAGCAGCUUAAAAGUAAAACUUUUUUUACUUUGUUAAAAAAUUUUAUUUAUUGGUUUUUGAGAGAGAGAGAGAGAGAGAGAGAGAGAGAGAGAGAGAGAGAGAGAGAGAGAUUUCUUUGUUGUUCCACUUAUUCAUACAUUCAUUGGUUGAUACUUGUAUGUGCCUUGACUGGGUAGAGAACCCAUAACCCUGGCUUAUUGAGACGAUGCUCUAACCAACUGAGCAACCCAGCCAGAUUUCAAAAGAGAGGAAGGGAAGAGGGAGAGAGGUAGAAACAUCAAUGAUGAGAGAGAAUCAUUGAUUGGCUGCCUCCUUCACACCCUCUACUGGGGAUUGAGCCUUCAUCCUAGGCAUGUACCUGUGACUGGAAACUGAACCGUGACCUCUUGGUUCAUAGGUUGACACUCAACCCCUGAGCCACACUGGCUAGGCAAA